CGUACCUCUCUACUCCUUCCUUCCAGGGUUCUUUCCACUUGCUUUUAUCGCCAGCUUCACCAUAUUUAAGCUUCCACAAUGGCCGAAAUGAGUGUCGUCUUCACCACAGGUGGAAACACAGGUAUUGGCUGGGAAACCUGCAAAGCGAUCUAUGCCUCGUCGAAUGCGCACACCAUCCUGAUGGGAAGCCGCUCUGUGGAGAAGGCAAAGGACGCCAUAGCCAAGAUCCAAUCCGAGGUCCCCAAAUCGAAAUCAGAGAUUGUACCUCUACAAAUCGACAUUGAAGACGAUGCGUCCGUCGAGAAUGCCUUCAAGGAGGUGGAGUCGAAGUACGGAAAGGUCGACGCACUCAUCAACAACGCAGGUGCCGCAUUCGACCCUGUCAUGAAUGAGAAACCCGGCGCUGCCGGCAUCCGCGAAGCCUGGGACCACACCUACUCCCUCAACGUAACCUCCACCCAAGUCUUCACCUACAAAUUCGCUCCCCUGCUCCUCAAAUCCGCACACCCACGUCUCCUGUUCGUAACCUCGGGCCUCUCCUCGCUCACCACUUGCUCCGGAGGUGCAAAUUCCGCCUUGGCGGGGCGGCCUGUCCCAGCGGGCUGGCCGAAACCGCCUGUGCCCAGCAUGAUCGCGUAUCGUAGCUCCAAGGCGGCGCUCAACAUGAUGAUGCUGGACUGGGCGAGGAUGCUCAAGGAGGACGGAGCGAAGGUCUGGUGUAUCAGCCCUGGGUUUUUGGCUACCGGGCUCGGCAGCAUAGGCGCCGACCAUUUGAAGAAAAUGGGUGCAGGAGAUCCCAGCCUUGGCGGGAACUUCAUCAAGGACGUGGUGGAGGGAAAGAGAGAUGAGGAUGCUGGGAAUGUCAUCAACCGGGAUGGAAUUCAGCCUUGGUAAUAGUCUAGCCACGGGCGGAGCGGAGAAGGAACGUAAGCUCAAAAGGAUAAUGCCCUGGGCCUUCGAUCAAUAAUGUAGAGCUAAUUCCUCUCUUGAGUGAAAAUUCUCGGAGGCAGUCGCGCAUCGUUUUCCUAGCACGU